GGGGGAGUACGGCAGCAACGUGAAGCUCCCGAGGAACGACGCCGCCGCGGCCCAGGCCGCCCUGGACUCCAUCGACCAGGCCGCCUGGAACCAGGGCGCGGGCAUCAGGGUGAGCUACGCCAUCUUCAACAAAGAGCUACAGAGGGUACUCGCCAGCGAGCUCGAGGUGGAGUUCAGGCCCAGCGGAACGGUCAUCCCAGUUCAAAAGACAAGGAUAUUCCUGUGGAUGCCCAUCAACGACAUAAUGUCUUGGCUGUACCCGUUCAUUCUCUGCGUCGCGUUCGUAGGGUAUUCCAUCAUCAACGUGGGCGUCGAGAUCUACCAGAUGACCUCCGAUUGGAAAGCAUACGUCAGCAACCGCGCAGAGAUGUUCGACAUCUUGCGGGAUUUCAUCCACGUUCUAAUCAUCGCUCUGAUGAUCACCGUGACCGUGAAGCAAGCCAGUCUUGACCUGCAACCUGCUUCAGACAACGUGUAUGUGGACACGACAGAUGAGAAUAAUCUCAUAGACAUUGCGUACUACUCCAUCCACUUACAGAAGCUCUUCGGUUUCACAUUCUUCCUACAGACCUUCAACUUGAUCAGAAUUCUCCGGUUGUUCCCCGAGCUGGGUCCACAGAUGCAAGCCAUCGGACAGACGCUGGUCGACGGGAAGGUGAUGCAGUUCUUCGCUUUCCUUUUCUUCUGCAUCGUCGGGUGCGCGCUGACUGUCAACACCGUGUUCGGCGCCGAGCAGAAGGGGUUCGCGACUCUUCAAGACUCCCUGUUCGCCAUGUACCGCUUCGUUUGGGGUGAUUGGGAUUUCGCGGAGAUUCAGUCGAAAGAGUACGUGACGACAUCAACGUCGAUCUGGGGCUACCUCAUCUUCUGGAUUUUGACGUUUGUGAUCACUGGAACGUUGGCGAACGUGUUCAUCGCCAUUGUGGGUGAGCGCUAUACUGAUCACCUGGGCGAGUCCAUGAGUGAUUGGAUCGAGGAAGUGGACCGCAUCAUGGCCAAUUGGUAUGGCGAUGCAUUCAGAAGGAAAAUGGACAACGAGUACAAGGAGGUGGCGAAGUCUAUGAAGGAUUGGGGAGUUCGAGAUGAAGACGAGGAUUCGACACCCAAGAAUAGCACCGCCGAUUUGGCAUUGGCGGCCUCUGUCGACAAGGUGAACACCCGCCAGAUGGCGCAGCAGAAGCGCAUGGACGCGAUCGACGACAAGUUGGAGGACUUGAAGGAGAUGCUGCAGGAGCUGCUGCAGCAGCAUGGCCCGACGGUAACUGCAAGCGUGUGAGACCGUGUCGGCCUCAAUCUUCGCGCAUCCUUGAGCGAAGUUGGCUUCCCGUGAUGGUUUUCGUGUCCGCGCAGGGCGGUGUGCACGACCGACGGCGCCCACCAGCGGCGCCGCAGGUAACCAGUGUGGCAGUUUUCAGUGUCGCUGGCACGUUGCGCAGAAAUUGCAGCUCGACUUACGAUGUGGCUGCUCUUGCGAUCGAAUGGCCCGGCGUUGUCUCACCCGGUACGGCCUCCCCCCAUCGCGCGGGGAAUGCGGGGGCUCUGCCCGUCUGCUGUCGCGAAGCACCCCGAGGCCUCCUUUUGCCUCAGUGGGCUGACUCCCGUGCCCUUGAGCUGACACGUCGUGACGAGUGCCACUGGGUAGUGGCGCUCACCAAUGGGGCAGCAACGGACGCAGUUCGAUAUUUCAGAUGGUGGAGCAUGUUGAGGGGGUCGUACGGCAGACUGGUAGUAUGCAGUUUGUUUGCGCCGCCGUGUGUUUCAAGAUUGUGCCAGUGUCUUCCGCGGCAUCCUGUAAUGCUGUUCGCCUGGUAAGCAUCCCAGCGAUUCAGCAUGUAUGCGGCCCCCCCUCCUUUCCACAUCAAGUCAG